AUGACUUCCACCGCAGGUUCACACCAUCCAAACCCGGCGCCAACUCCUUCUGCUCCCGCGGUCACAUCGUAUGCCUCCGCAGCCGGUGCGAACAAGAAGCCGAGUUCUGCGCCGUUAGUCGCGACGGGCUCUCACCCGCCUGUGGUGGUCGGAUCCUCCGCCCCCGCCACACAAAAUGGCAAACCUUCGACUGCCGCGCCGAUGAACGGCAGACCCAACGUCACACCUGCCGUGCCAGUCGCCGCUCCCCCUGUUGCGCGUGGUAGCUCCAUCGUCAACGGCGGCGCAGACCACGCCCGCAAGAGCUCAGUCACGAUCAGCGCCAACGCCCCAGCUGGCCAUGUGGCGAACGGCGGCCCUGUUGGCGGCCCUAAGAAUAUCCAGUUCGGCUUUAACGAGUCGCCUGCGAUAGCUCAUAGCACGCCUCAGAUGGGUGGCGCCGCGCCGAUUCCUAUUCCCGGAAGCGGCAACCCCCGUAUUCAGUCCCCGGCUCAUUCGCCGUCUCCCAUCCCACAGGUACCACAGCAGAGUGGCGGCCAGCGCGCUCCAUCGAUGCCUCAGGCCGCGCCUCUCACGUUCGGCAGCUUCCCGGGCGAUAAUGAUCGUCAUCUAAAACACAACCCCGCCGCUAUGGGUCAGCAGAGCCCCCAUGUGAGGCGCGAUUCGCAGGCUUCUGCGCAUAGUGAAAGCGUGGGUCAUGGCGCCCCCGCGCACGGUCGUGGUGGCUAUCAGGGCCAAGGCGGUCGCGGCGGCCGCGGCAACUUUAACAAUUCGGGAUACACCACCAUGGGUUACCCGCCUUCGAAUCAUCGCAACUUCUCGGGCUCCAAUCCGGGCCGAGGAGGCAUGCAGCCCUACCACCAGGGCCGCGGCGGCAUGCAGGGCUACCCUAACUCGCCGCAACCCCCGCGCGCCAGCCCAGUCACGACUCCGGCCAUGCCCCAUGCUGGAACGCCGACGAUGCAACCUGCUGCUUUAGCCCCUGCGGCCCAGCCGUACUUCCAUAACGGCAUGAACCCGGCGAUCGCCCCCUAUACCCAUCAAGUAAAGUUCCCUUCCGUUAGCGACUGUUCCACCUCCAAGGCACAUAAAAAAAGCAAGCCAGGGCGUCGGGACUCGGAGAAAGCUCAACAUCUGCGAGCGCUCAACGCCCCUAACAAGCAGACAAGCAUGGAACCACACCAAAAGCCGCGGCGUCAAGGCAAGCGUUGGGAUGCGGGGGUUGAAGGUCAUCAGGAUGUCAACGGCGGCACACCCACGCCCGAGUAUUCGGAUGGCCCGCCUCCCUCCUACCACUUCCAACCCGGCCGCCCUGUUCCCGUACUUCCCCCUAUGUUGAUGGGACCUAUUGACCUAUCGCCAGAGAGUGGUACGUUUGAAAAGCUGCUAACCGCAAACAAGAUGCAGAUGGGCAACAUGUAUGGUAUGCCGCCGCCGCACCUCGACUUUCGCGUGAACUAUCAGUACCCUGGGCAGCCAAUGAACCCCUACAUGCAGCAGUCGGCGCAGUUCCCCCCCGGACCGCAUCAAGGGUUUGUUCCCACCUAUGCGGCUGGACAGCCGGCGGCUCCGGCAAUGUCCCGUAACGCGUCGCAGGUUUCGGACCGGCCGGCAUCGAGCACCGGACAGAACCAAACCCCGGCCGUCGCUCAAGGCACACCGCAGCAGCGGCCUGCGCAGACGGCAGCUCCGGCCAUCGUUUCUACAUCCGCGUUCUCUCGACCCAAGAAGAGUGCAGCGAUUGUUAUUAGGGACUCAGAAGGUAAGGUCGUUGACCUCUCGGCCAUCAAGGCCCCGGCCUCUCCGGCUCCCGGUAUUCAGCAGUCCAAGACACCUCCUGCAAUUGUUUCUACUCCCACACCGCCGCCGAAACCAUCAACGCCCUCCCAUGCUAGAACCGACAGUACAGCUACACAAAAAACAGCUGAACAGGUUCGAAAUGAGUUCAUCAACGCCGUCAGGAAGCAGGCCCCGUCCGACGCGAAAGCCAAGGAGGACGAGGCCGCUAAGGCAGUGGAAGACAAGGCUGCAGCAGAGAAGGUGGCGGCAGAAAAGGAGGCGGCGGAGAAGGCUGCCACAGAUGAGAAGGCUAAGGAGGAGGCACGUCUCGAGGCUGAGAAGAAGGCGGCAGAGGAGGCCAAGGCCGCCGCAGAAGCCAAGGCUGCCGAGGAGGCUAAGGCUGCAGAAGAAGCCAAGGCAAAGGAGAAGGCUGAAGCCGAGGUGAAAGCGAAGGCAGAGGCAGAAGCUGCUGCGGCUGCUGCUACUUCGGAAGCGACUAAAGAAGAAAAAUCGCAGCAAGAGCCGGAGAAGCCCGCUGCACUGUCAGAUGAGGACGAACUGGAGCGCAUCAUCCGUGAGAUGGAGGAAGCGGAUGCUCGUCGCGAGAAAGAACAAGAGGAGAUUUCCGCCAGGAAACGAGCCCAACAAGAAGAGGAGAAGAAGCGUGCCGAGGCCGCGAAACUUAACUCGGAGGAGAAUGACCGAAAGCUGCGGGAACAAGAGCGAGAGAUGGAGAGGUUGGAGGAAGAGCGUGAGCGUCGCCGUAAGGAGCAAGAGGGCAAGGGAGCUCAGACAGUGUCGGUCGCCGACCUCCUUGCCAAGAAGUUCGACGAGCUGAAGGUGGCCGACAAAAGCGAGCCAGUUGAGAAGCCCGCUAGCGCGGCUGAGGCCAGCGCCGGAGGGAAGACGGGAGGUGCUGACAAGGCGAAGACCAAGCCUGCUGCUCUCAACUUGGCACCUCUCAAGACGACGCCAGUUGAAGCGCCCCAACCAAGUGCGGCACUUCAGUCUCUUCGCUCCGCUCGGUUCCUGCCGGGCGUGGAAUACAACAUCUAUCCUGCCGGCAUCGCCUCCCCCAACCCUGCCCUGAAUGCUGCGGUUCACAAGAAGGGCAAGAUCUUCAAGUAUGACGCGCAAUUUCUCCUGCAGUUUCAGCACGUUUUCACAGAGCAACCCUCGCUAGAAUUCCAUCAGCAAGUGAAGUCUCUCAUCGGGGACUCGGACGGUUCCCGGUCUGCUUCAGCCCGCACACCCGGUGCCGGCUCUGGCAGACAAGGUUCGCGCGCUGGUGCCUCGACCGCUUUCCCACCCGGAGGCACAAUGGGCCAGUUCACAGGUAAGAUGUUGCCCCCUGGGACCACCUCGGAACAGCGCUUCGCCAUGUCUCAGGGUAAUGUAUCCAGACCGGGCAUGGGCUCUAUGGGCGGCUUCGGCCGCACGGGUACCUUCCCUGGCCAGCUGAGCCGGAAUCCGUCUUCUGGUCCUGGCGGGUUGCCUUCUCCCCGGACCGGAAGCAGGCGCGGCGGCAGCAAGAGGGACUUUGGUAACGCCAAAGCCGAGGCACAGGCUGCCAAGACCAUGCCACUCACCGCCGGCCAGGAGGUCAAGCCGAUCACCGUCUCGGCAACGGGCUGGAAGCCCAUGAGCAUCGGCAACAAGGCCGCGCAGGCGCCUACCGCUGUUGUCGACCAGACCGGCCAUCUCAACCCCGAGAUGGUGCAGCGCAAGGUCAAGGCGGCUCUGAACAAGAUGACGCCUGAGAACUUCGACAGGAUCUCGGACCAGAUCCUCACGAUUGCCGGGCAGUCCAAGAACGAGACGGACGGUCGCACCCUCCGCCAGGUCAUUCAGCUCACUUUCGAGAAGGCGUGUGAUGAGGCUCACUGGGCAUCCAUGUAUGCCAAGUUCUGCAAGCGCAUGCUUGAGACGAUGAAUCCCGAGAUCCGCGACGAGAACGUUCUCGACAAGAAUGGCAACGUCGUCAGCGGCGGGCCUCUGUUCCGCAAGUACCUCCUCAACAGGUGCCAGGAGGAAUUCGAGCGUGGUUGGAAGAUCGAUCUGCCCAACAAGGGCGAAACCGAGGGCAAGGCUGGGGAGGCGGCUUUGCUGUCAGAUGAGUACUACAUUGCUGCCGCAGCCAAGCGGCGUGGCUUGGGUCUCGUUCAGUUCAUCGGCGAGCUGUACAAGCUCGGCAUGCUGACGGAGCGUAUCAUGCACGAGUGCGUGCGUAAGCUGCUCGAGUUCACCGGCAUCCCGGACGAGGCCGAAAUCGAGUCCCUUACGAAACUGCUCAAGACAAUCGGAGGUAAUCUUGACAGCACUGAGAAGGGCCGCUCUAUGAUGGAGGCCUACUUCCACCGCAUCGAUACCAUCAUCCACCUCGAAGGGCUCCCCAGCCGUCUCAUGUUCAUGCUCAUGGACAUCGUUGACUUGCGCAAGGCCGGCUGGCACUCCAAGGAAGCGAACAAGGGUCCCAAGACUCUCGAAGAGGUUCGCGCCGAGGCCGAAGCUGCAGCUGCAGCGAAGGCGGCUGAGAACGCACGCACCAGUCAGCGUGGUGCUCCGGGUGGACGGCCGAUGGGUGGCCGCGGCGAGUCAAGGAAUUUCUCGUACAAUAACCCUGCUCCUAACCAGGUUCCCAUCGAUGACCUCCGUCGCCUAAAGGGAUCCUCGAGCCGCACCUCUAGCCAGAACCCGUCGUUCGGCCCCACCUCGAUGUUCAAUUCGCGGAGCAAUAGUGGACGCCGUCUGGGUGGUCCUGGUGGGGCUUUCGGCCGUGCCGGUGAGGACUCUGGCGCAUCCUCGCGUACAGGAACGCCUCCUACUCGUGACCGCGACUCGGUCGCCCACGCUAAUGCAUUUGGGCUUCUCGCUGAUACCGGAGACCACCCGGGCUCUCCUCCUUCGACGCACGCGUCGCCAGCGCUGUCGAAAGCAACGCUCAACACGGUGGCAGCUGGUGACGAGAAGAAGGAGGAUUAA